AUGGGGGAGUCUAUCCCGCUGGCCGCGCCGGUGCCGGUGGAGCAGGCGGUGCUGGAGACAUUCUUCUCUCAUCUGGGCAUCUUCUCCUACGACAAGGCCAAGGACAAUGUGGAGAAAGAACGAGAGGCCAACAAGAGCGCGGGGGGCAGCUGGCUGUCGCUGCUGGCGGCCUUGGCACACCUGGCCGCGGCCGAGAAGGUCUAUCACAGCCUCACCUACCUGGGGCAGAGACUAGGGGGCCAAUCUUUCUUCAGCAGAAAGGACUCCAUCCGCACCAUCUACACUUCCCUGCACAAUGAACUGAAGAAGGUGGCAGCUGGCCGCGGGGCCCCGGGCGGGGCUGCCCCCCACGUGGAGGAGCUCCUCUCCCACCUGGCUGAGCAGCUGUGCUUCUUUGUCCAGGCCCGGAUGGAGAUUGCGGACUUCUACGAGAAGAUGUACACCCUCAGCUCCCAGAAGUACAUCAACGCAGAGGAGCUGGUUGGCCUCUUGGACACUGUCCUCAGGAAAUACAGCUCUAGAUUUCACCACCCAAUCCUCAGUCCUUUGGAAAGCAGUUUCCAGCUGGAAGUCGAUGUCCUGAGUCACCUGCUAAAGGCCCAGGCCCAGGUGUCUGAGUGGAAGUUCCUCCCCUCCCUGGUCAACUUACACAGUGCUCACACCAAGCUGCAGACCUGGGGCCAGAUCUUCGAGAAGCAGCGGGAGACCAAGAAGCACCUGUUUGGGGGCCAGUCUCAGAAGACGGUGCAGCCUCCACACCUGUUCCUGUGGCUCUUGAGACUCAAAAGCAUGCUUCUGGCCAAGUUCAGCUUCUAUUUUCACGAGGCGCUGAGCCGGCAGACGACUGCGUCGGAAAUGAAGACGCUGACUGCGAAAGCCAACCCAGACCUGUUCGGAAAGAUCUCCAGCUUUAUCAGGAAAUACGAUGCUGCCAAUGUGUCCUUAAUUUUCGACAACCGAGGUUCUGAGAGCUUUCAAGGUCAUGGCUAUCACCACCCCCACUCCUACAGAGAGGCCCCCAAGGGCGUGGACCAGUAUCCAGCUGUGGUUUCUCUGCCCAGCGACAGGCCGGUCCUGCACUGGCCCAACGUCAUCAUGAUCAUGACGGAUCGCACUUCCGACCUGAAUAGCUUGGAGAAGGUGGUCCACUUCUACGAUGACAAAGUCCAGAGCACCUACUUCCUAACCCGCCCAGAACCUCACUUUACCAUUGUUGUCAUUUUUGAGUCAAAGAAAUCGGAGAGGGACUCGCAUUUCAUCUCCUUCCUCAACGAGCUCUCCCUGGCCCUGAAGAGCCCUAAAGUGUUUGCAGGUCUGAAACCUGGAUCCAAAGGGUAGCAGGUGAUUUGGGUGAAGGAGUUCCCAGACUAGAAACUUGUUAAUCACUCUGAUGAUGUCAGUCAUCUGUGAUUAAAGUCUAUGUGCACUCACCAGCUUUUAGAGCUAAAUUAAAGACACGUCCUCCUGAAUCGUGUUGCACACUUUAUAAGCCAUUAGGCAAAUUGAAUGAAGUAUCCAAAGAGUAAUCUCAGAAGUGGUCAUGGGCUUCUAUGCACCUCCGUGGAGUUUCAGUAUUUUCUCCUAUUUUCCUAUAGUUCAUGUAGAUUGAAUAUUUAUUGGCCCUUGAUUUUUCUGUCCAGAUGUUUUUUAUUCUGAACAUUGUGUUCUAAUGUAAUUCCAAACACCCUCUCUCUUCCUCCUUCCUGGAAGAGUAAUUGGGAUAAGUUAUUAAAUGGCCUUUUUAGAAUUCAGGAUUGCAUGUUUUCUAUCUCAUAAAUUAACAAAUUAACAUGGAGUUAUUUUAUGAUUCUGACCUACAAAGUAAUGUUUUUGAUGCCAAAAUUAGGGUCUUGGUAAAUGUUUUUAUCAGUUACUGAAAUUGAAGGUGGAUCAGAUUGGUGGCAUAACACCAGGUUGUAACAGUUCAGGAGAUCAUCGUGGAAAGUAACAGCCAUGGGCUCUUGUGGGAUGAUCAGCACGCCUAACUGCACUUGGUUUGACCUUUAUAAAGUUUGAAUUUCUUACAGUGUUUUAAAGUCAGCAUAAGCCUGUGGGGUCUGUCCAUCCACCAGGGAAUCACCUGCCUGGCUCUGUGUUCAUCACUUUCUGCUGGGAAACAUGUCAGAGUGUGGCUUUACUCCCUCGUUAUUUUGGGCGGUUAUUACAAGCACGCAGUCAAGUUUUUUUCAGCCACUUUUCCAUGGUUGUGUCAUGAGCUUCAUAAAAUCAAAAUGAAAGUCUUGAUACCUCCUACUUGCUAAAAAUCAAGCGUGCAUUUAAAAGACCUCUUUGUGUCAAGCAGUCAGCUCAGUACUAAGGCACUUCGGAACUCGUGGUUCAUGCCUGCCACCCACACACUGUCUAGAAACAGCGCUGUACCCCAGUGUUGCUGCCCUGUCCCCAUCCUCUGGGCUAUUCAGGGGAAGUAGGUGGGUCAGUGAGGGCAGAAUGGGCUGUGGACACCUUCCCUUGCAGGUUACUGAUUCAGAACAAAAAGAAGCCACGAAGAGUAAUUGAGUUGUUUGUAUCUUUUAGUUCCUGCCAAGCUUGUGUAAAGUGCAGUGGUCAGAAGGGUCCUGUUUCUUGUGGUGAUGCGGACCUGCUGUUGUGCAGGCGUCCCCGGCAGGUGCCAGCAGCAGCAGCAGAGACGGAGACGCCCAGCCCAGCCCGCUGGAGCCUGCCUACCUGGCCGGGCUGCCUGUAGAUAGACCCCACCCCACCGCUGUUUCCUGGAGAGAACAUGUUUUUCCUUUCUUUCUUUUUUUUACUUUUAAAAUAAAGGUCCUAUGAUCUGUAAAAAGCCAAUUUGCUUUAAAUAGAAAGUAGUGAUUUACCUCUGCUUUCUAUUCACUCAGGUUCUGUAAAAAUAUGAAUAGAAUUUACAACAUUGACCUUAUGUAAAAAAUUGAAAACGGUUGGAACUAAACAGUCAAAUCAUUCUUCCUUGCUUUUGUGUUUUGUCAGAAAACUGAAAAGUACUCCAUGGUAUGCAUGUAUUUUUUUCCCUUAGGUUAAACUUAACACUGUUAGCCUUAACGGUGCAGCUCCCGCAUGACCUGAAGAGAAUGUGUGGUGUAGGGAGCACAGAGUGGGACGAGUAAAACCUGCACACAAUAUUUAAAUAA